CUCUGCAGCAGGAGCGCUGCCUGCCGGGUGGGGAAGCCGGGGUCUCGCUCUCCCUCUUGCGACUGGCCAGGAGGCUUGCGCAGGCUGCUGACUCCAGGGAGGGCGAGUCCGCGAGCACAGGGAGGCAGCAGCAGCAGCAGCAGCAGCGAGUCGGGACAGACGCGCGCAUGCCUACGCGCGCUCCCUGCCUCCCUCCUUUGUUGCCCAUUUGCCGUCGCCGGCUGGAGAUGUAGCAGAGAGAGGCUGAGGCUCCUGCUUUCUUGACGCUGCCGCCGCCGCCGCCGCCUUCCUCCGGGCCCCGCUUGGUCGGAGGAGAUCGCCGGGGCUGUGCGGAGGAGCGCGCAAGGACUGCCUCGCGGUCGCCGGGACCCUCCCCGGGGCAUUGCUGCUGCAGGUCGCUGCCUGGAGGUAGCCUCAACGUUCGGCCAUGACGGACACGGUGGUCGGCAACAGAACGAUGUAUCAGAACGACAGACAGGUGUCGCAUCGAACUGGUGGAAAAGAACAGGCCCCUGGUGGCUGGACGGCCCACGGGAACCAGCCAGGGGGAGCGCGGAAGAAUGAAGAGUUGACGGAUGAAGAGAAGGAGAUCAUCAACCGCGUCAUUGCCCGGGCUGAGAAGAUGGAGGAAAUGGAACAGGAGCGGAUUGGCCGCCUGAUGAACCGUCUGGAUGACAUGCGUCGGAAUGUGGCCGGCGAUGGAGUGAACCGCUGCAUCUUGUGCGGGGAGCAGUUGGGCCGCCUGGGCUCAGCCUGCGUGGUGUGUGAAGACUGCAAAAAGAACGUCUGCACCAAAUGCGGCGUCCAGACGACCAACAACCAUUCCAUCUGGUUGUGCAAGAUCUGCACUGAGCAGAGAGAGGUGUGGAAGCGCUCCGGAGCGUGGUUCUUCAAGGGCGUGCCAAAACAGAUGCUUCCCCAACCGAUGCCCAUCAGCAAAGGCAAGCCGCAACCGGGGCCCGGUGAACCGGCCCCUCCAGCUCGGGAGCCGAAGCCCUAUCCCCGCAAUCAGAACCAGGGCCAAGCCGAAAUCGCUCCCUCUGCUGAUCAGGAAUCGUAUGGCAACGAGCCAACAGCAGCUGCUUCCAGUCGGGGAAAUUAUCCACAACAGAACCGCAAGCCUUCCGAUGCCAGAAUGGCACCGGGCGGCAGUGAAUACGCAGGGGAAGGCCCCGAAACCCAGGAUUACACCGCACAGAACGACGUCAACAGGAGCCCUGGAGGUAUAAAGCGAGCCAAUUCUGUCCAGGCCGCCAGUGCCCGGCAGACGCCGGCGGCUUCUAACCAGAGUCCAUCUGCCGCGCUGGCAGAGCAAGGUCCUGCAGCUGGCGGGGGCCGUCCUGCUGGCCGCUUCCCAGAGAGGCAAGGCAGCCUUUCGACGGCUCCCCCGCAAGCUGACCCCUCCUUCUCUGCUUCCGGCGCCCCCUGGGAGGACAGAGCAGGUCCUGGCUACUCGGCGCCCGCAACGGAGCGACCCAUGCGCCAGACGGGGGCUCCCUAUAGCCAGGCCGCCGCCCCGCCUCCACCUGUGCGGCAGACUCCGCAGGAGGACGAGGACGAGGACGAAGCUAAUAGCUAUGACUCCGACGAAGCAACCACCCUCGGCGCUCUGGAGUUCAGCCUGUUGUACGACUCCGAAAACAGCUCUUUGCACUGCACCCUCAUCAAGGCCAAGGGCUUGAAGCCGAUGGACUCCAAUGGACUGGCAGAUCCUUACGUAAAGCUUCAUCUUUUGCCAGGAGCCAGCAAGUCAAACAAACUGAGGACCAAGACUUUGAGGAAUACCCGGAACCCCAUCUGGAACGAGACGCUGGUAUAUCACGGCCUCACAGAUGAAGACAUGCAGAGGAAAACGUUACGGAUCUCCGUGUGUGACGAGGAUAAAUUUGGCCACAACGAAUUCAUCGGUGAGACGAGGGUGGCGCUGAAAAAGGUGAAGCCCAACCAGAAAAAGAACUUCAACAUCUGCCUGGAAAAAGCGAUCCCGAUGAAGCGGGCAGGAACAUCCGGGGCUUCACGCGGAAUGGCCUUAUAUGAAGAUGAGGUGGGCCAAGGCGACGUGGAGGAGCGUGGGAAGAUCUUGGUGUCGCUCAUGUACAGCACCCAGAAAGGGGGCCUCAUUGUUGGGGUCGUGCGCUGCGUCCACUUAGCGGCCAUGGACGCCAACGGAUACUCGGACCCAUUUGUUAAAAUCUGCUUGAAGCCCGACAUGGGGAAGAAAGCUAAGCAGAAGACACAGAUUAAGAAGAAGACGCUGAACCCAGAGUUUAACGAGGAGUUUUUCUAUGAUAUCAAACAUGGUGAUCUGGCCAAGAAAUCGCUCGAUAUAUCUGUCUGGGAUUAUGACAUCGGCAAGUCCAAUGAUUAUAUUGGUGGAUGCCAGCUGGGCAUCACAGCCAAAGGCGAACGCUUGAAACACUGGUAUGAAUGUCUCAAGAACAAGGACAAGAAGAUCGAGCGCUGGCACGCCCUACAGAACGAGAACCACGUGUCCAGUGACUAGGAGGGCCCCGCUCCAGCCAGCCCGCCUUCCUCCACCAUCGCAUCCCGCUGUAGAUUUCCAAACAUCUCGUCUUCCAGCACAUUUAUCUUCCUUUGCUACCGGGCAAAGGGCUGCCUCCGGUCUCCUUUGCCUCCGGUCUCCUUUUUCUCCACCAAGGAUAGGCCUGGUUUGGUUUUCUGUUUGGGACCAUGAUCCCCUGAUCCAUUUCUGCCGCGCCCCCAACCCCCGCCCUCCACAGGCGCAUCGAGAUACAGAUUUUUCCGAGCAAUAUCCCAGCACUGAACACGGCAAGUCUGGCUUCGGCUUUUGAGCCGCUAAAUCCUGCCCUCCCCACCCAAACCGGUUGAGCUCUCUCUGCCCCCACAUCUGCUGAAGGUAUUUAUUCUUUAAGUGCCCUUGAACGGCCUGACCCCCUUUCCUCCAGGUUCCAUCUCUGCAUGGGGAAAACCUUUUCUCACUCCGCCCCUCCCUCUCUUCUUUUUCUGCGCGCACCGGAAUACUCUUGAGCAUCGCUCGCGGGGAAUGCGCCGCUAUGGGUCCUCGAUCCGGCUGCUUUGAGCAUGGGGGCAGCUGGCGGACCAGCAAGCGCCCGACGGCACGAAUCUUUCAGAACCAGCCACACCUUCACCGUACUAAGCAAAAGAACAAUUCGCUGCCUGGGUUCUGAUCCUUGACAUCACUUAGGACUUGCUUUUUUAAGAGUGCAUUUCCCAUCCUAACACCGUAAGACGGAGUUCUGAGGACCGGCGAGGAUGCCAGCAUCCGUUUCCGAGGGGCGCACUGUAGCCUUUGGGGCCAUCUGUCAGCUCCGCAUUUGAAGCACGGCGAAGGCCCUGGCUUCCUUCUAGGAAGGAGUGGAUCCCCCCCCCGACCCCCUGCUUUUAUUGGUUCAGAAUCAUGCCCCAUGCAGUAGCCGCUAAUGAGCUAGAGGGGGCGCCAAAGGAGGAACAGCUGCUUCUGCUUCCUGGCAACAGCUCAGGGGGGCUCCUCUCUCCCCGCCAUCCCACCCCGCCAAUAAAGCAUGAUUGGAAGUAAUGCUGAGAAAGCUGGCCUUAUUAAAUAUAUGGGAGAGCCAUCUUUGCUGGGAGAGAGAAUCAGCAUGCAGGCUGGCCAUUCACCAGAUCGAGCUGUGCCGUCAACCGUGCAGCUCGACCUGAUGGAUGGCCGUCCUGCAGGCAGAGAGGCAGCUCCUCUGGGUUAUUGCUUUUGCAUGUCUGAACGGCUCCGUCAAAUCCAGUGGGCUCUCCUUCAGUGUCUCUUUCUCUUACAUUUCUUAUCACGUCAUCCCUCUUAGCGCACUUCUUGUGUUUUGAUUUAUCUAUACUCUUUUCCGGCUUGUAACUUUGGAGGUCUGCUGCCGGUCGGUGUAGACAACCCUGACCCGACUGGACCAAGGGUCAGACUCAGUAGGAGGCAGCUUGAGAUGAUGAACAAGAAUCUGGCCGUUCGUGUUGGUGUCCUCAGCAUGAUGUCUUUACUCUUGUUGUCGUCUCAUCGGGCAGAAUGCAUUUUUUGAGAAGUAUUUUGAGAAGGGAUGUCAAGGCAUAUUGUGUUGUUUCGACCUUUUCAUCAGGGUGUUGGAUUUGGCUUGUGGACCUCCGAUGCCCAUGUCUGCCUUCCAGAUGAAAGCUCAGCCUUUGAGCUCUCCAGCACCUUCACCUUUUUACCACCUUGGCCUUCAUGCAUUUUUAAAUUUUAUUUUGGUAUCCAGUCACUGAAAAGUCAACCAAGUGCUUUGCUCAACUAAAGAACCUCAGUAAAUAUACUAAUGCCACCUUCCAUUAGAUCCAAUGCAUGUCAAUGCUAUUUUAAUGCCUUAUGUUUGGGUGAUGGUGUAAUGUUGUUUACGUGUGUGUGUGUGUGUGUGUGUAUGUGUGUAUCUUUUAAAAGUGUUUACAUUUUUUUUAAGUACUGGGAAAUAUUUGUUCCUUUAGUAGGCUGAAUGUUGGUUAGGCACAACCUAGGCAAGUAUAUACUUUCUUUUUCUCCCUUCCAAGCUGAAACAGGGCAUCACUGUCAUGGCUGCCCCAAAGGGAUUCUGGGAAAUUGUAGGUAUGCCAGAUGACUGGAACAUUGUAUCGUGAGGAGGGAGCCUAUGUCUGUUGGCAUAGAGAAGGGGUUCUCAACAUUGGGUCCCCAGAUGUUAUUGGACGUCAACUCCCAUAAUCCCCAACCAAAGGCCACUGGGGCUGGGGAUUAUGGGAAUUAGGAACAUAGGCAGCUGCUGUAUACUGAGUCAGACCACUGGUUUAUCUAGCUCAGUAUUGUCUUCACAGACUGGCAGCGGCUUCUCCAAGGUUGCAGGCAGGAGUCUCUCUCAGCCCUAUCUGGAGAUGCUGCCAGGGAGGGAACUUGGGACCUAGAUGCUCUUCCCAGAGCGGCUCCAUCCCCUGCUGAGGGGAAUCUGUUACAGUGCUCACACAUGGAGUCUCCCAUUCAAAUGCAACCAAGGCAGACCCUGCUUAGCUAAGGGGACAAGUCAUGCUUGCUCCCACAAUAACAUCUGGGAACCCAACGUUGAGAAUCCCUGGCACAGAGAAUGCUGUUCUUGCUUUGCUUCUGGACAGAAGAAGGUUCGGACCAAAGAACUCGCUGGUCCAACUUUCUGUUUCCCACAGUAGCCAGUCAGAUGCCUCUGGUAAGACCACAAGGGCGGGGCUUUUAGGCUAUUGUCUUCCCUUGCUGUUGCUUCCCAGAAAUUGAUACUCAGAGUUCACUCCCUCUGGAAAUGGAGGCUCCACAUUGUCGUCACGACAUCACCAGUGACACCCCCCCCUUCUCUGUGAAGUUGUCUAACCGCCUUUUAAAGCCUUCUAAGUUAGUGCUCCCCAGUCACCACCACGCCCCACAGCAGCCAGCCCCAUAAAUUGCUACGCCCCCUCGCUGUCUCUCCGGCAUGCACAGCUAGAGAGUAAUCUGCGUUGAGGUUCCUCCUGAAAACCUGCUUUGGCCUUUCCUGAGGCUGACGCCGGGCGAGGUUCUUUCAUCCCAAGUUUAAGUCGCAGAAGGAAGACAGAUGUUGCCCCAGUAGGAACUCCAUCUCCUCGCAGUGCUAGUGUUUCCCUUCUGCUCUGUCCUGCGUGCCAGUUAGAAAGCAUCCUUUUUGAGAAAGGUGUCUGUUUACCCGGAAGUCUUGUCAUUUCUCGAGACCUUUCGUAAGAGCGGUUGGGAACCUGUCCCUUUCCUGUCCAUUGUCAAGAUUGUCUCUCUCUCUCUCUCUCCUCCUUGGCAGUUUAUGACUGUUGUGAAGAUAACUCCCUUUCUUUGUAAAUAAAGCAUGCACAUGUGAAAUGAAAACAGUGCAGACACCUUUUCCCCUCUCAGGCCCACCAUCCUCCUCUUCCUCUCUUCCUCCUGACGAUUGAAUUCUGUCAAGCAUGCUGUGACUUCACAGGGAAAUAAAGACUCCAGUUUACAACUAUUUAAGAGCCAGCCUACCACCGAAACUAGGGGCGGGGGGGACCUGAUCUUUCAUUGCAUGCAGGUGUAAAAAACCCAGACUCUUCUUCUCUCUUCAUUGUCAUACCUAAUAAAGUGCAAAUAAUGGGGGGAAACGUCA